AUGAAGUUUUUCAUUUUAUUUUCAUUUUUUCUCCUGCACUUUACACAGACUUCCAGCUAUUCCUUUUGCCCGGAUGGGUUUACCGAACUCAAUGGUUACACCUGUAUACAGGUGAGCGCAAAUAAAAAAAGUUCGUAGAUGCAUUGGCCGCAUGUCAAAUGUUCUCCGGUGGGAGUUUGGUGUCAAUUCAUAAUUCGAUUGACAACAGAGCACUUGUUCAAUCUUCAAUCUCAUACGAUCCUAAAUGGAUCGGGCUGAUCUGCAGUGACGCCAACAAGCCAUGCAACUGGACGGACCAUAGUUCCGACACCUCCAACUAUAACAACUUUGAUGCAGGAAACCCGAAUUUGUAUGCCGGAAAUUACACGUUGAUGGCGCAAUCGGGCAGCGCGGCUGGAAAGUGGGUGUCCGCUGAUGAUUUUUCGCAGUUUAGAUAUAUUUGUGAAGUUGCAGACGACCACCGCCGCCAUAUCCACCAGAGCACCUGCAACGACGCCCGAAGCUCCAGGACGUUGUCCAGCGGGAUCCUCAAGUCUCAAUGACAUUACUUGUGUUAAGUUAUUCGAUACGCCGAUGAUCUUCCAGGGUGCAAACCUUGUGUGUAGGAAUAUUAGUGGCGGAGGCAACUUGGUUUCAAUUCAUAGUGCAGAGGACAACACGGCGCUCUUGAACCUUGCUGCCCUCAACAAUAAGACCAAAACAAUUUGGCUCGGCUUGACCUGCCAAUCUCCGUCACCUUCCUCCUGCGAAUGGACUGAUGGCUCUGGAACAACUAGCAACUAUAACAACUUUACUAGCGGAUAUCCAAAACCUGUUAGAGGACCGCGCGGCUACAUGUGGGCCUUGGGAAGUGAUAUAGGGAAGUGGUUCUCGUCGGAUGAAGACUACUCCACUCACAGCUUCUUUUGCGAAGUGCCCAAAUCAAGUAAUGUGUCGGCUGCUGAAACUCCGCUAAUUUUGAUUUUUCACUUUUGCUACUCAGUAAACACAUACUUGCUCAGUGAACCUGACGCCCGGGAAUUCUGCCUGAGCCUUUCAGAAGACUUGGUGUCAAUUCACUCCCAGGCUGAGAACGACUUCAUCCAGUCCUUGAUCAGCAAUACGGUGAUUGAUGAGUUUAGAACUGGAGCUGCUACUGAUGGAGUAGGAAAAUAUUGGGUUGACGGGAGCUUCUUCGAUUAUUCCAACUUUGGGUAUUUUGGCACAAACCUCGGAAAAUGCUCAAGCCUGUCGAUGAGUGGGAGUGUGGUUUCGAAGGGGCAAUGGUUGAGCAAUGACUGUAGCAAUAAGAUUCCAUUUAUCUGCAAGCAUCCAAAGCAUUUUUCAACGCCAGCACCUUAUGUCUCUGGGCAAUGUAAUGAAACUCAGUUUUUAUCUGGAAAAGGAACGUUCUACUCUCCGAACUACUCUUAUGGCUUUUCCGGCUACCCAAAUCCGUGCACCUACCUAAUCACUGAGCCUCCAGGAACCAUUGCUCAGCUUCGAUUCGCGGAGCUACACCUUCCAUUGGGACGGACAAUAGUUCUCUACUCAGGAAUAGAUGAAACAAAGCCACUUGCUAUAGUUACCGAAAACACUUUCGAGGUCUAUAGCUCUACUACAAACGUGCUUAGAGUCGUGUUCAACUGUCCGUUAACUACUAUUGACAAUUACAUUUGGGCAGUAAACUAUGGAACUGAUCUUUCUUGA